AUGGAGACUGCAUCAGCGCAGGAUGGCAGUCAUCUUCUAAUGCACAUGGAACCUCCUCAGAAAGCGCCAUCGAACGACAACGAUCCAUUGAAUGCGAUUCAGUAUUCAUCAGCAAAUAAUUCUGUCAGCGAGACGAUCAAAGAUGAAAUUGAAAAAAUACCGAAUGGAAAUAUAGUGAAAGAGUCGAAUGACAUUAACAACUCCGAUAAAAUUUCAUCAAAUUCACAUCCAACUGCACCCAUCUCCGAGCCAUCACCAAUAGAAAUUGAACAAAAAGUGCUUACGGAUAUUGAGAAGACAUCCAUUUUUGCCAACGAAUCACUAGAUCAUCCACAAGAACUGACUGAAUCCUCUGCGGAAAAUGCUAAAACCGAAAUCCAGACAACGCAAUCAGACUUACCACCAAACGAUUCNGAUUCGGACCAAAUGAUCAAAGAGGAAUCAGUCGCAAAACAGCCGGAAAAAUCUCCCGAAAAGUCUUCUGCUGAUAUUGUCACUCCACCGAAAUCAACAUCAGCCACUGAGACCGCAAAGCAUCCAGCAUCUAGCAAUAGCGCAACAAAGCCGUCGCCACGGGUACCGUCAGCACCUAAAGGAAGACCAACGAGUGGUAGAACUUCAACUGCGACAAAGUCAACUCCUAGAACUCCGAGAGAAACUCCCAGAACCAAUCAAGUGAAUAAAGUUGUACCCUCAAAACCAAAAGUACCAACAUCCACAUCCUUAACAAAAAGUUUACCGCCUCGUGUAUCGCGGAUUGGAGGCACGAAUGGUGCUGAUCGCUCGUGA